AUGCCAAACGAAGUCUCCUGGGGGACAGAUGAGGGCGGUUAUAUACACCUGAGGGGGACACUUGAGCGGGAGAGGGGAACCAACGGACUGCUCACCACCUUCUUCUGCCUAAGCGCCCACCCCAUGCACGUCGGUGCACAAAUCACCACCAUCACACUUAAGUUUCUAACUUUGGAAAGCUUCCGUCUCAUCCACCCAAUUAAAAUGUCCGACUGGAACCCUAGUCCAGUGUGA